ACCUCUCUGCUGCCUGGAGCCCUGCCCCACUCUGCUCCCUCACUGGGCUUGUAGAGGUCCCAGACAUGAACCAGCCCAGGCCUCGAUACGUGAUAGACCGAGUUGCAUACUCCCUACCCCUUUUCGAUGAGGAAUUUGAGAAGAAGAACAGAACUUACCCAGUGGGCAAAAAGCUUCAUGAUGCUUUCAGAUGUUCCUCUACCAAGAUCAAAACUGUGGUAUUUGGGCUUCUCCCUAUCCUAUCCUGGCUCCCCAAAUACAAGAUCAAGAGCUACAUUGUGCCUGAUCUGCUUGGUGGAUUGAGUGGGGGGUCCAUCCAGGUCCCACAAGGCAUGGCUUUUGCACUGUUGGCCAACCUUCCUGCAGUCAAUGGCCUCUACUCAUCCUUCUUCCCUCUCCUGACCUACUUCUUCUUGGGAGGCAUACAUCAGAUGGUGCCAGGUACCUUUGCUGUCAUCAGCAUCCUGGUGGGUAACGUCUGUCUGCAGCUGGCUCCAGAGUCCAAAUUCCAAGUCUUUAACAAUGUCACCAACACAAGCUAUGUGGACACAGCAGCCAUGGAAGAGGAGAGACUCCAUGUGUCAGCAACAUUGGCUUGUCUAACAGCCAUCAUCCAGAUGAGCCUUGGCUUCGUGCAGUUUGGCUUUGUGGCCAUCUACCUGUCUGAGUCCUUCAUCAGAGGCUUUAUGACCGCUGCUGGGCUGCAAAUCCUCAUCUCUGUGCUCAAGUAUAUCUUCGGGCUGACCAUCCCCUCCUACACUGGCCCUGGGGCCACUGUCUUGACCUUCAUCGACAUCUGCAAAAACCUGCCCCAUACAAACAUUGCUUCGCUUAUCUUUGCCCUGAUCAGUGCUGUCUUUCUGGUGCUGGUGAAAGAGCUCAAUAUCCGCUACAUGCACAAGAUCCGUUUCCCCAUCCCCACAGAGCUGAUUGUGGUGGUGGUGGCAACGGCUAUCUCUGGGGGUUAUAAGAUGCCCAAGAAGUACCAUAUGCAGAUUGUGGGAGAGAUCCAGCAGGGAUUCCCCACCCCAGUGUCUCCCGUGGUCUCCCAGUGGAAAGACAUGAUUGGAACAGCCUUCUCCCUGGCCAUCGUGGGUUACGUCAUCAACCUGGCCGUUGGCAGGACCCUGGCAACCAAACAUGGCUAUAACGUGGAUUCUAACCAGGAAAUGAUUGCUCUGGGCUGCAGCAACUUUUUUGGCUCUUUCUUUAAAAUUCAUGUCAUUUGCUGUGCUCUCUCAGUCACCCUGGCUGUGGAUGGAGCAGGGGGCAAAUCCCAGAUAUCAAGUCUGUGUGUGUCCCUGGUAGUGAUGAUCACAAUGCUGGCAUUGGGGGUCUAUCUAUACCCCUUACCCAAGUCUGUACUGGGGGCCCUAAUUGCUGUCAACCUCAAGAGCUCUCUUAAGCAGCUCGCUGACCCCUAUUACUUGUGGAAGAAAAACAAAUUGGAUUGCUGUAUCUGGGUUGUGAGUUUUCUCUCCUCCUUUUUCCUUGGACUGCCCUAUGGUGUAGCAGUGGGUGUCUCCUUCUCCAUCCUAGUGGUUAUUUUCCAGACCCAAUUUCGUAACGGCUCUGCCCUGGCCCAGGUCAUGGACACAGAUAUCUAUGUGAACCCUAAGACCUACAAUAGAGUCCAGGAAGUAGAGGGAAUUAAAAUCCUGACUUACUGCUCCCCACUCUACUUUGCCAACUCAGAAAUCUUCAGACAGAAGGUCAUUUCCAAGAUAGGUGUGGAUCCCCAGAAAGUGUUCCUGGCCAAGCAGAAGUACCUAAAGAACCAGGAGAAGAGGCGCAAGAUGCCCACAAAACAGAGGAAAUCCCUAUUCUUGAAAACCCAGACUGUCUCCCUGCAGGAACUCCAGCAAGACUUUGAAGUUGUUUCCCCCACGGAUACCAACAACAAUCAGACAGCUGCCAAUGGAACUGGGAUCUCCUACAUCACCUUCAGCCCAGAGACCCCCACACCCUCCAAAGAUGAGCCAGCAGCCCACUUUCCACCGUCCAGUGACCCUGAGGACACCCUGGCCAGUGCCCCACCCUUCAUCUCUUUCCACACCAUCAUCCUGGACAUGAGUGGGGUCGGCUUCGUUGACCUUAUGGGCAUCAAAGCACUGUCAAGGCUCUCCUCCACCUAUGGGAAGAUUGGUGUGAAGGUCUUCUUGGUGAAUAUUCAAGCUCAAGUGUACAAUGACAUUAAUGAUGGAGGUGUCUUUGAGGAUGGGACCCUAGAACGAUGUCACAUCUUUCCCAGCAUCCACGACGCGGUCCUUUUUGCCCAAGCCAACAGAAGAGUGGUGGUCACAGGACAAGAUUUGCGAGCGGCUCCAGUGAACACUGGUCUUUCGAUGUAUGAUUCAGACGAUGGUGGAUCUAGCUACCGUGAUCUGGAACCGGAGAUAUUUGGGAGCAUGUUCCACUCUGAGACACUAACAGCUCUGUGAGUCUUCAUUGGGAGCCCUCACCAUCUCCAACAUCUCCCAUUCCCCAGAACCUUCCACGAAGGAGCAUCUAACCUCUGAGCCUAGGAUUGUGUCAGAGACUGACUUCCAGAGGCAUGGCUGGGUGCAGGAAAGCACAUACACCAAGCUUCCUGUCUUCACCUUCUCCAUCCUCUUCCUCUUUCUUCUGCUUGGACCCUCCAGAAGGACCCAACCAUUGCAGCGCAGAGCUCUCAGGCCUGGCAGGAGCAAAGACUUGGGGAGUCAACCUUCUCAGCUGCGGCUUAGCUCCUCAGAGUUCUGAUUGAUACUAAAAAGACAUCUCCUCCCCUAGGCAGUUGGAAGGGCCCCUCAACUUCCUAGACUUUAGGAUAAGCCAAGACAGAGGGAAAAAUGUAAAACUCUGACUUAAAACCAGAGGUUGGGUUGAUACCACACUUCGAUGCCAGUAGCUUGCAGGCUGCCCAAAAGCACUGGGACUCAGCCCAUGGAAGAGGGAGAUUUUUUACGCUGAGUUCGACUGAUACUUUGUGGCUUCACCUCCUUCUGGGACCAACUGCCCUGAUUCUGUGCACUGACAAUUUCUGUGCCACCAGUCCCUCCUCUGGGGCCACUUUUAUUGUCUUUCUUGAAUUCAAGUCCAUUUUCAGGGACUGCAUUCAUUUCCUCCAUUGCCUUGCAUUCGCCAAGGUCACCUGCCCAUGGGGAAUGACCAGAGGUUAAAAACAGUUUCUCGUCCACCCUAUACAUGCCCACUGGCCCUCUAAAGAGCAGAGUGUCCUUGUUGAGUGGAUGCUGGGUGCCAAGAAUGUGGGGUCCUGAGUAGCAAAAACUCCAACAACAAAUACACGCAAAGUAAGAGAUCUGAAUCUGUGCAUGAGACUGAGGGAGGCUGGUACCAACCUAUCACGACCUGGUAUCAGGCUGGAUUCCAGCAAUGGCACCUGAAGGUCCUUCAGAUCCCACAGACAAGGUGUUUUUUCUGUGUAAAAGAGCUGCAGUCUCCCUGAGACAACAGGGAGGGGCUUAUCAUUUUAACCCUUCUCAUGUUUUCCACAAUGAUCAACCCCAGCAAAGCCAGAGCCUACUCCCCUCUAGGAAGCCAGCCAAGUGGCUCACCUAGGGGCCUGGAGCCAAGAGGCCACAUUCAUCCCUCCUUUGGGGAGAGAAUGCCCUCCAAGAACAGGGCUUGCUGUGUGGCCCUGGACAAGGCACUUACCUCUCAGGACCUCAGGAAACAACCAAGAUCAUAAAUUAGAGAGUAGGGACUGAUCUUCAUGGCUAGAAGGAAUUUCCCAUGCCAAUGAAACAAAUUCUUCCUCCCCUUCCUCUCUCCCCCCUCCCCACAUUGAACUGUAAACAUGCAAGCACUAUCACAACCCUGUGUAGGACUUGGGAUAGGGCUGAGUCUGGUGAUGCGAGCCUCCUGGAGAGGCUGAGGCUGGGGGAUCACUUGAACUUGGGAGUUCUGAGCAAUAGCAGGCCAAGCAGAUCCGUGUCAACACUGCCAUGCACCAAUAGGAUGAGCACCUGGAAGCAGGAACCUAAGGAUGAGCGAACUGACCGAGGUUAGAAACACAGCACAUCAAAACUUCCAUGUAAGAUUAGUAGUGGGAUCAAUGAUCGGGCCUGUGUGGUCACUGAACUUCUAGCCUGGGUAGGAUAGCUAUAUCCAGAGUCUGAAAAAAAAAAAAGGACUAGAGAUAGGGACACAGCCAUACUAGAACAUCUGGGGUCGUUGCCUCAUUUGGAGACAAACACUUUUCUAGCCAGAAGCCUCCUGUCCCUCAUUGUGCCCCACUGACACAGCAUUCCUGAGCAGAGGAUAUUGUCAACAAGAGGGCAUAUACCACUGUCUCAGAAAUGACAAGGUCACCAUUGCUAUUAUCCACUUUCAUAAAGUUUCCACUGAUGCCAUUCAAUCAAUGCCACACAGAAGUCCCUCUGACUCUUCCUCUUGCCCCUCACUAUUCCACCCCACCCCUCAAAUUUCUCUCCAUAGCCAUUUUGUUUCAGUGAGCCCUGCUUCAAAAGGUUGGGCUGGCCCAGCCUGGAAAAAAAAAAAAACAAACCCAGUUGACCGAAGCCUUCCCUCACCACCAACCUCAAUCACAUGCGUCUCUACCACUGAUUCACUAAAGUGGGAGUGUAUGUGUCCGUCUGUGUCUAAUGAGCCAAUGAGCUAGAAAAUCUACUGUUAGGGAAAAGAAUGUUAGAAUAUACCCAGUACAACCUUGGGUCAGAGAGACUUGGUAGGAAUCAGCUAUACCAUUAUGCUGUCCAAGAAAUUAAAACUCAGAAGGCUUUUAGUCUGAGGAUUCAUCAUACCUCGUCCCACCUCCCUGAAAGAUAGAUUAAAGUAAGUUUAGGAUGAGUCUCUUCAUUCCUAAUCCAGAGACCUCCUAGAGACCCAGAAAAUUUAUACAGGAAUGAAGGUCCAGAACCACCACAAAGUAAAUGGAAACUUCAAGAACCAAAAUGAUGAUUGAUCCAGAAUAAUCCAGGGAUAAACAAGGAAGGAACAGGCCUUCCAGACUUCUGGAGAGGGCUAAGUCAUCUGCACCCUCAGAUGUUAUGUUAUAGUGCUCAGCCAAGCCUCUCCAGCCACCUACCACCUUCAGUCAAUGGUAAAUGAAGCCAAGGAAAAGCCUGCCUGCUCCUGAGAAGAGAAUUACACAGACAAUUGUGAAGAUGCCCUGAGUUGGAACAUUAAAGGCAAGAAUGGAACAAGUUGCCACUGACAACCUUUCUGGGAAUGAUUUAGAAAGAGAGAAAAGGGAAAGAAAGAGAAAUAAUCCAGAAUUUCAAUGCUUUUGAAUGUUUCUAUUGAUACUGACCUGUGAGAUGCUGCCCCUUCCCCUCCCCGGGCCAGGAGUCUUGAGAUCAUAGAUGCUUGUAUAAUUUAU